GAACGAAAGGCGGCCAAGCUUGCCGAGGAACAGAAUGAGGCCGCAGAAGCAGCUAAGAACCAGAUUAAUAUGAAAGAGAUUGAACGCAAUGCAAUUAUAGAGUUAAUUAAACCUAUGGGAUUAGUUAUAGAGGAGAUACCAGCAAAUGGUCAUUGUCUUUAUAAUGCCAUAUCGGAUCAGCUACAAUUAAGGCACAAUAUUUUGGUGAAUUAUAAAGAAGUAAGACAUAAAGCUGCAAUGUAUAUGCGACAACAUCCUGAUGAUUUUCUGCCGUUUUUAUCCAACACGGAAGACGGGGAAAUAUAUAGUUUGGAACAAUUUCACAAAUAUUGUGAUGAAUUGGAAAAGACUGCAGUAUGGGGUGGGGAACCAGAGAUAAUUGCAAUCUCUAGAGUUUACAAAGUCCCUAUACACAUUGUACAAAUGAGUUCACCGAUUUUAAAAAUGUCUGCUGAUAUAUUUCUCGACAAGGAUCCAAUUUUCUUAUCGUAUCCUUUUAAUAACUCUUACUCAGAUAUUCAGUAA